UCUCUAUCUAUAUAUUAACCCAUUAAAGCACGACUUUUCACUCGUCUGCUUUUUCCGGCGACUUCGCACCUUUUUUCCGGCGACAUUCGCCGGAAUCUGGUCUGAAAACCAAAGGGUUUGAGCAGCUUUUGAGUACUGUUAAUGGGUGAAACAAUGUCGAAGUUUUUUCUAGCAAAAGUAUAGAGAGAGACAGAGAGAGGCAGAGAGAGAAAUCUGUUUGGAGUGAGAGAAAAUCAUUUACUUUGGUUUAUUGUGCGCGAGAGAACUGGGAUUUCUUUCUUUUGUUGUCUCAAAAGAUUUACUAAGCAUUGUGGUGGGUGUAAUUGAAAUUCAUGCGUUUUGAUUUUUUGUGGGUUGUGUUUGAUUAUUUUAGUCCUUUUGUGGAUAUAUAUUAAUUACUGUUUUCAAUGCCAUUUGUGUAUGGUAAUUAGUUUUAGAGAUUCUUCUUAUUUUGCGUAAAAGAUAAAAAGCAUUUAAUUUUUUGGAUCAGCAUUAAACUCACAGAGUAGUUACUAGUAUAUCAAAUACUAACAUAUUUGUGAGUCUAUUUAGUUUAGUUUAUCAUUGUCUUCUGUGUCAAAUUCACCAUUGAAUUCAAGGGUUUUGAUUUCUUGGAAUUUGAGACUAAAUUGAUUGGUGUGACAAUGCGUAGAUUAGAGCAUUGUGAUGGUAGGGAAGAGAGGGAGGGAAAGCUCAAGAUGGGCAUGAAGUUUUUGGGUGAAUUCAAGGUAGCCAAGUCGAAAUUGAUGGUUUCUCGGGCUACAAUGAAGCUUUUGAUUAUUUGGGGAAUGAAGAUGCUAUUGUUGUGGACUAUUGCUCUUUAUUUAGUGAGAUGGGAUGAUAUUUCGGGGCCGACUUUGUUGAAGGGUUUUCCUUCAUGUUUUAGUCCUUCAGAAAUGUCUUCCGACGACAAAUUGGAUUUUGUGCCACCCCCAGUCCAUCUUCCACCAAAAAGAAUUUAUAAGAAUAACGGCUAUCUUAUGGUUUCUUGCAAUGGGGGACUUAACCAAAUGCGAGCAGCUAUAUGUGACAUGGUUGCUAUAGCCAGAUAUCUAAAUGUUACCCUUAUUGUCCCAGAGCUUGAUAAAACCUCCUUUUGGAACGAUCCGAGUGAGUUCCAGGACAUAUUUGACGUUGACCAUUUUAUUAAAUCCUUGAGGGAUGAGGUUAGGAUAUUGAAAGAGCUACCACCAAGGCUCAAGAUGAGAGUUAAGCUAGGAAUGUACUACUCAUUGCCACCUGUUAGUUGGUCUGACAUUUCCUACUAUCAUCAUCAAAUUCUUCGUCUAGUGAAAAAGUAUAAGGUUGUGCAUUUGAAUAAAACCGAUGCUCGACUCGCUAAUAAUGGGCUCCCAUUAGAGAUUCAGAAGUUGCGGUGUAGAGUAAAUUACAGCGCUCUGAGAUUCACUUCCCAGAUAGAGGAAUUGGGUAGAAGGAUUGUCAGGAUUCUAAGAGAGAAUGGCUCUUUUCUUGUACUCCAUCUCAGAUAUGAAAUGGAUAUGUUGGCUUUCUCUGGCUGCACUCAUGGUUGCAGAGAUGAUGAGGUUGACGAAUUGACAAACAUGAGAUACGCUUACCCAUGGUGGAAGGAAAAAAUUAUUGAUUCUAACCUCAGACGGAAAGAAGGUUUGUGUCCUUUGACACCUGAGGAAACCUCUUUGACAUUAAGAGCACUGGGUAUUGAUUCUAAUGUUCGAAUUUACAUUGCUGCUGGAGAAAUUUAUGGUGGAGAAAGGAGAUUGGCAAGUUUGAGAGCUUCAUUUUCAAAUGUGGUGAAAAAGGAGACCUUACUGGGACCCUCAGAGUUGCAGUUUUUCAAGAACCACUCAUCCCAGAUGGCAGCACUUGAUUAUCUUGUAUCAUUGGAGAGUGAUAUAUUUGUUCCAACAUAUGAUGGGAAUAUGGCUAAAGUUGUAGAAGGCCAUCGCAGAUAUUUAGAGUUCAAGAAGACUAUUCAAUUAGACAGGAAGCUUCUUGUUGAUUUGAUAGAUCAACACCAUAAUGGAUUAUUGAGCUGGGAUGAAUUUUCCUACAUUGUGAAGGAAGCUCACAAAGAUCGUAUGGGAAGGCCAAAGAAACGAGUUGUGAUUUCAGAGAGGCCUAAAGAAGAAGAUUAUUUUUAUGCGAAUCCACACGAGUGUUUGCAACAGUUCGAAUGACUAGGUGAGAAGUAGUACUACAUGAUCAUACACUGCUCAAGUGUGUAUAUCUUAACAGUCAAUGGUCUAGUAGUCAUUUACACAAGGUUUAGAAUUGGACAACGACUGUGUCAUGUUUAUUGAACUGGAUUGUGGGAACACUUUAAAGUGUUUUUUUUUUGUUUAUUGCUUACUUUUAGAAGCGUUUUCACAAUAUUUACUGAAUAAUGAGAUUAUGUAUAGAGAAAAAGACUGGCAAAUGUUGGAUCAAUUACAAAGUAAACAGAGUAAUGGAAAUAGAAUUUUUUUUUUCCCUGGAUGAGGGGUUUUUCA